UUCUCUAGGCUGCACAAGGGCUGGGAUUCGGCGCGCUUGCCUCGGGCCCUCCCCCUCCCAUUCCUUUCUGGCCUUAGAUCUGUCCGCUGGGGGCGCGCUCUGUGUGGGACAGAAAGCGGCAGAGCGUGGGUCGCGUGGCGGAGCUUGGUUGCUAGGGACACCUGAGGUCGCCCGCUCGCCCAGCAGGCGCAGCGAAGAAGCGGCGCGGAGCCGGCGUCCAGUCGCGGCGAAGUAGGGUACCGUAGGUGAGUGUGGUCGCAGAGCUGGUGUCCGACCCCGGCCGGCCGUUCCCGCGUGCCUCGGCCCCAGCCCUUGGCACCGGCCCCCAACCCCGCUUCCGGUUCGCCACCUCGCCUUUCUCUGAAUACUGCAACUCUGAGGCCUCGCACUGAAAGUGAUUAAUUGCUGAGCCCUGGAUGUGAUGAACUGCUGACUGGUGCUUGGCAGGCACUCCUGUGAGGUGGUGGCUGCUGAUGCAGCGUGGUUGGGAAGAGGAAGAGUGCCCUGGAAACUCGGGAGACUUCACACAAGCUGACGGAUUCCAAGAUGCAGCUGGUGCUAGAGGUGUGUGGCCCCUUACCUGAGCCAGGCCAUGAGGCCAUGUUGCCAUGAUGUGGGCCCCUCAUGGCCUCAGCAGGAACAGAGCACUACAGUAUUGGCCUGCGCCGAGGAAACAGCUUCAAGCAGAGACAUCCCUCAGGCACAGUGUCUGCUUCACCAUCUGAGAAACCCUCGGAGGUCAAAGUCUGGUCUCAGGCCCAUCAGCAGGUGAAGCCAAUCUGGAAACUGGAAAAGAAGCACGUAGGCACACUGUCAGCAGGGCUGGGCACCAGUUUCUUGGGAGUCCCAUCCCAGCCAGCCUAUUUCCUUUGCCCUAGCACUUUAUGUAGCUCUGGGACCACAGCAGUCAUUGCAGGCCACAGCAACCCCUGUUACCUGCAGUCCCUCCCUAACUUGUUCAGCAAUACUCUGCUGUACCGCCGCACCAACGUGAGGCAAAAACCAUACCAGCAACUGGAAUCUUUCUGCUUGCGUUCCAGCCCUUCAGAGAAAAGAUCUUUUUCUCUCCCUCAGAAGGGUCUUCCUGUCAGUGUCACUGCCAAUAAAGCCACAUCUUCUACAGUCUUCCCCAUGGCCCAGCCCAUGGCAACUUCACCCACUGAUCCAUACCUCUCACUGGCAGCAGCUGGGGAGAACCCUUCAAGGAAGAGCCUGGCCUCUGCUAUCUCAGGGAAGAUUGCAUCUCCACUGUCCUAUAAGCCCAUGCUGAACAACAACUCCUUCAUGAGGCCAAAUAGCACUAAAGUGCCCUUAUCACAAGCCACAGAUGGCCUGAAGCCAGUAUCCUCACCCAAGAUCCAGCCUGUCUCAUGGCAUCAUUCAGGGGGUACUGGGGACUGUGUACCCCAACCUGGUGACCAUAAGGUGCCCCAAAACAUUGCUACUGUCUUAGAUGAUGUCACUGCCCCUAUCACCCCAUCUAUCCCUAGCACCCUCAACAUAUCCACAGCCAGUGUUACCUCUUCCCAGUGCAGUCAGAGUAACUUUAGGAUGGAGGCACAUCCCUGUGGCCUGGAUGAAAACCCGGAUUCCCAGAGUGCUACUAAAGAGGUACACUUCACUGAGGCUGUGAGGAAGUUGGCUGAAAAAGGCUUGGAGAAGAUGCCACGACAAGGCUACCAGUUUGAACAGGCUUGUUUUGUGAACCCCAGCUUCCAGUGGGGUCUUCUCAACAGAAGCAGGCGGUGGAAACCUCUGAUGGGCCAGCGGUUUCCUCAGGAGGAUAUUGGAUUAGACAGUGCGAUCCUUCCUGGUACUUCAGACACCUUGGGGUUGGACAGCACAGUCUUCUGUACCAAGAGGAUCAGCAUUCACCUCCUUGCCUCACAUGUCCAUGGGCUCAAUCCCAGCCCUGCCUGUGGGUCUGCAGUUGACCCCCAGGUACUUGGAGAAGACAGAGCUCCUGUUCCCCCUUCUUCCCUCCAGCCUCUUGGUGUAGCUGAAGUGGCCACUCGUCUUUCUUCUGUCCAUCUUGACCAGCCUGGGAAGGAGCCUGAGGAAGCCAAGGACCUGAACUCUUGUACUAAGGGUGGUGGUUCAGCUACUGACCUCCAGCCAAACCAGGUGGAGCCUGAAGAUACAGAAGAUGAACUGGGAGAUGGUUUGGAAGAUAGCUGCAGCCAUGAUGAGAAUGAAGAAGAGGAAGGAGACUCAGAGUGCUCUUCUUUAAGUGUUGUCUCCCCCAGCGAGUCAGUGGCAUUAAUAUCUCGGAACUGUGUGGAUUUGAUGUCCAAAUCCCUUCCCAAUCAUGAGAAAGUUGUACGGCCAGCCCUCAUCUACAGUCUCUUCCCCAAUGUAACCCCUACCAUCUAUUUUGGGACUCGGGAUGAAAGAGUGGAGAAACUUCCUUGGGAACAGAGGAGGCUGCUUCGGUGGAAGAUGAGCACAGUGACCCCCAACAUUGUCAAGCAGACCAUCGGUCGGUCACACUUCAAAAUCAGCAAGAGAAAUGAUGACUGGCUGGGCUGCUGGGGUCACCACAUGAAGUCUCCUGGUUUUCGAUCCAUUAGAGAGCAUCAGAAGCUAAACCACUUCCCAGGCUCCUUCCAGAUUGGGAGGAAGGACCGGCUGUGGCGGAACCUGUCUCGCAUGCAAAGCCGUUUUGGCAAGAAGGAGUUCAGUUUCUUUCCUCAGUCCUUUAUCCUGCCCCAGGAUUCCAAGCUCUUGCGCAAAGCCUGGGAGAGCAGCAGCCGCCAGAAGUGGAUUGUGAAGCCACCAGCAUCUGCUCGAGGCAUUGGCAUUCAGGUCAUUCACAAAUGGAGUCAGCUCCCCAAGCGCAGGCCCCUCCUGGUACAGAGGUAUCUACACAAGCCCUACCUCAUUAGUGGCAGCAAAUUUGAUCUUCGGAUCUAUGUUUACGUGACUUCUUAUGAUCCUCUACGGAUUUACCUCUUUUCGGAUGGACUCGUCCGUUUUGCCAGUUGCAAGUAUUCCCCUUCCAUGAAGAGUCUUAGCAACAAGUUCAUGCACCUGACCAACUACAGUGUCAAUAAAAAGAACACAGAAUACCAGGCUAAUGCUGAUGAGACUGCAUGCCAAGGGCACAAAUGGGCAUUGAAAGCUUUGUGGAACUAUCUGAGCCAGAAAGGAAUUAAUAGUGAUGCCAUCUGGGAGAAGAUAAAGGAUGUUGUAGUCAAAACCAUCAUCUCGUCAGAGCCCUAUGUGACUAACCUACUGAAGUUAUAUGUGCGGCGCCCCUAUAGCUGUCAUGAGCUCUUUGGUUUUGACAUCAUGCUGGAUGAGAACCUGAAACCCUGGGUCCUAGAAGUCAACAUUUCUCCAAGCCUCCAUUCCAACUCUCCUCUGGACAUCAGCAUCAAAGGCCAGAUGAUCCGAGACCUUCUGAACCUGGCUGGCUUUGUUCUGCCCAACAUGGAGGAUAUCAUCUCUAGUUCCAGCAGCCCCAGCAGCUCCAGCGGCUCCAGCACCAGCUUGCCAAGCUCUCCUAGAGACAAAUGUCAAAUGACUCCAGAGCACUUCACUGCACAGAAGAUGAAGAAAGCCUAUUACUUGACCCAGAAAAUUCCUGACCAGGACUUCUAUGCGUCCGUGCUGGACGUCUUGACACCAGAUGAUGUUCGGGUUUUGGUGGAGAUGGAAGAUGAGUUUUCUCGUCGUGGUCAAUUUGAAAGAAUUUUUCCUUCCCGAAUCUCUUCUCGAUAUCUUCGGUUUUUUGAGCAGCCACGAUAUUUCAACAUUCUCACCACCCAGUGGGAACAGAAGUACCAUGGAAACAAGCUCAAAGGAGUAGAUCUGCUUCGGAAUUGGUGCUACAAAGGCUUCCACACGGGGAUUGUCUCUGACUCAGCCCCACUGUGGUCUCUGCCAACAUCGCUCAUGACUACCUCAAAGGGUGAUGGGACACCAAAUUCCGCCAGCAAGUCACGAAAGAAGAGCGCCUCUGAGGGAACCACACUGUCCUCUGAAGACAGGUCAACACCCAAGUCUAAGAAGAGUCAAGCUGGCCUGUCUCCCAUAUCCAGGAAGACUUUGUCCUCAAGGAGCAAUGAGAACACCAGCAAACAGUCCAAGCGCUCUACCCCGGGGUUACCUGUCCUCAAGUACUCUGGGCAGAGUUCCAGACUUUCUGCUGCUUCUGCUUCCCAGUCAGUCACUGACUCCCGCUUGACUGCUGUGAGCUCGUGACUGGUCCUGCACAGGAGCACUCAGCUACCUCAAGGGAACCAGCCUGCUGACCAGCCUGAGCCUCUACCCCGCCUCCACUUUGCCCCUCAUCAGAGUAUUUUUGAAGUGGUUCUAUUGUAGAUAUGGGCAUCUGGAGGGCUGGAAGGGCGAUGGUGAUGGGGAGAAGGUGAGGAAGGUUCGCCCUCUGUCACCUUACUGUCUGGCUAGCACCUCAUUUCUCAGUAGAGAAGACAGUGACAGUCAAGCAGCUUUAUAAAGCAGGGUUUGGUUUCUACACUGAGAGCCAUGUGUGAUUUAUUUGAGGCCCUGGUACAGGGCUGGAUUGUAGUUUAAGAGGAGAAAACAUGCUAAACAUUGAAGUCUCUUGUUCUGUAAAUGAGAGGAAUUCUUUGAAGGUCCUGAUUUCCUUAGGACCUCUGUCCUCUACUUAUCCUUGUCUUGAAGAGACAGUUUUAGAAACCUUCAGACUUCUUCAAAGACAAGCAAGAAGAAACCAUGACAGGCUACACCCAUUUCCUGGCCUCCUGGCCUUGGGUGACCUCCACACCAUAUCCAUUUAAGCUUCCACCCCAUCAGUAGCUCUCCAUCUUCUGGGAGUCUCUAGGGCUCCAGUGAAGGAUCCUGAUCAUUUUAGUUGCUGCUGUGUAGAGGAGGGUGGAAUGCGCUGUGCUUUCCUCAGUGUGGGCAAAUCUUGUAGUCUCUUUUACUUUUAGCAGGGUUUGUGCCUUGGUGGGUCACUCUUAUAGAAUAGGCUUCUCAUCUCUGACAGCUAAUACUCAGUGGCAUCUACCUCCCCCAGGACUCAGUCCACACUGAGCACUGAGUAAACACUGACUGAGUGAACUGUGCAUUCAGAUCUCCAAGGACACUGGCCCCUGAAGCACUACUGUUCUCCCCAGUGUGAGGAAGUAGAGCCAAGGAAGGAGGCCAAGAUGAGACAGUUUGGAUUGGAAGAGGUUUCACUAGAACCAUGGUCCUCCUUAGCCUAGUGUUCCCCAGCACUCACCUCCUGGGACCUGUGGUCUCUAAUUUUCACAGCAGAGGGGCCUUGUAUCUGAUAAGCAAGAUUUGUCCUUUGUGACCAUCUCUGCUAGCAUUUUCCUCAUUCUUCUGAGUUUUGGAAAGAGGAAGACUUCUUUCUUUCCACAUGACUCCUAGAGCCCUUGACCAGUUGGCAUGGAGCCCUGGAAAGAUGACCUAACUGGGUUCAAGGUCACAGAAUGGGUGAACAUGACAGUCAGUCCUAAUGCUGUGUUGACAGUUGUGAAGAAAGCUGGAUAGCAAAGUCCUAAGCCGUGCUUCCUGCUUAAUGAUAAAGGCUUCAAAGUCAGACAGUGGAGAGUCCAAGCUGUACUGGAAAAUCUGUUCUGAUAUCAACAGCCAACACCCUCUUGUCCUGGUUACAGUAUCCUAGUGCACAUGUGACAAAGAGGCCUGUUUUAGCUGAUUCACUCCUUCAAAGUAGACUCUUAAUUCCUCAGCCUGCCUCUGAGAGUCUCCCAUCAUAGUUUCCAACUCUGUAGCUGCAGAAACAGGCCAACACUGACCAGCCCACUAGUUGCCUGGAGUCCACCAGACUUGGGGACCCCUUGAUGAGACACAGCAGUAUACUGGCAGUUCUGUUUUGUGUUCUGGGGUGAUCCAGCCUUGCCUGGGACUUGUAAUCUUUGCCUCAAAAAUGCCAGAUUGUCUGGGUGUGUUGCGCCCAGCUAAAUACACAGUAUUCAGUCUUCGUUACAUUUGAAGGCUGGUGAAUCUGUUUGCUAGUUGGAGAAAAAGAUAGGGCUUGUAUAUCACAUUUCAUUUUCAAGAGUGUAAUCUUAAGUUAUUUCACAUGCAUGUUUUAGCACUGGCUAGUCAACAAUAGAUAGCAUUCGGCUGAAUGAGGACUUUUAAAGUAAAAGCUUUUGAAAGUUUUAAAUUUGUAAGUGUACUUGAAUACAAUUUAUCAGUACAUCAGAUGUUUUUCCAAGUUGGUAAGUUACCCAGCCUCUGGAGGAAGGCUCCUGAGACAAGGAAUAAAGUCGUCUUUUCCUUUAUAAUGGAACGUGAGACCUACCCUGCAGGGUUGUUUAGUAAGCUAAGCCAAAGUAUUGGGGAUUGCAGUUUCCGUUUGUUGGUUUAUUGUCCAAACAUUGUUCUGUGAAAGAAAUGUAAAAAAAUCUUUCCUUGAAACUGAGUAUGAUAGCUCAUACCCUUAAUCCUAGCACUCUGGGAAGGCAGGAGUGGGUUGAUAAAACCUCUCCUUUAAAGAAAAGAACAGCUACAGAAGUCUCAGAAGAGGCCAGAGCAGUGUCUAUACCUAUCACCCUUCACUCAGAGCUUGCCGAAGCACAAUUUUCAUAAUUCCCUCUAAUCUUUAUCGUUCCAGCGGGAGUCUCUUGUCUGGCUUCAUCUUUAUAGCAUCCCAGGAAAGGGAACAUUAAACAUAAAUGUGUGUGAAGUGAUAGUUUGGUUCUCCCAAGAGCCUUGAUUGGCAAAGAAUAACAAGAGUGUCUAGGACAGAAACUCACAGAAUACAGACCAUGAGGACUGCUGUGUGGACCUAGCAACUACCAGGGGAUUGUGUCAUUUCUGGCCCAUCGUCAGGGUGGCAGCUCUUUUGCUGAAAGCGACCAUAGCCAAAGAACUUUCUUGGGCUAAUCCACACAGUGAUUUCCACUUCUCCUGGGAUACGACAAUGGUUAAGGCUGCUAGGGAACUUGCCCUGUUGGCUUCUUGUUAGCUCUGAAGAACCCCUCCGAUUACUGCUCCAACAAAUGUCUAGUUUGCUCUGGGCCUGGAAACAAUGGUUUCUAGAGAGCUGCAUCUUAUCGUUUGGAAUUUUGGUUCAAGCCUCUUCAGCAUGCUUAGCCUUGAACAUUAAUCUGUAGUCCCUGGGGACCAGCGUGUAUUCACCAGCUUCAGGUCAGUGGGAGCAGCAAGCAGUCAGUAGAAUUUCCUAUGUGAGUGAAUGAUCACAGCAGCAUCGGCAGGCAUGUGACAUUCUCAGACCUGUUUCUGCUUUUGUCAUUAGAAUGGACUAAGAUUUGGUACAUCAGGGAUUACCACAGAAGUCAACAAAUUUCAGUUUAGUAACCAGGGAUAUCAGUUUCUUAGCUGUAGUAACGGGGAUUAAAUUGUGUUUAAAAAGUGCCUCAUAACUCAGAUAAUUCCUAAAAUAUCAAAUGAUUCCCCCAAAACCAUUUCCUCAGAGCAGCAGGAGUGCGGCGCCAGGAAUUGCAGUACUCUUAGCUUAGCAGUUCUGUGGCGGAGCUGUCACAGCUCAGCUAGUGUGCUCAGGCCUGUGGUCACCGUUUGAUAGGAUCAGGCUUGUUUUGUUAGUGUUCCUAAACUGUGCAACUAUUUGCAUAGCAUUUCCGAUGUGUUGGGUAUAGAGUUAAUCUAGACUCCAUUUGAAGUCCACAGGAGGAUGUGUGCAGGUUAAACUUGAGCAGCAAAUGCAGCUCCAUGUUGCCUAAGGGAUUGAACCCCUGUGUGCUUUGGUAUCUGAGAAGUUGUAGAAGCAGUCCCCACAGAGGCUGCAGAACUGCUGUGGUCCUGUCUGUGGGAGAUUAUUAGAGCUGAAGAUUUGAUCAAGAUAAUUACCUUAAGAGUUUAGACCCCUCUCUGCUUCCCGAGAGGCACAAGUAAAACUUAACACUAAGUGGUCCAGCUGGAAUGCCAGUGUCUGGAAAUGGAGAGCCAUUGGUAGGGAUGCGUGUAUUGCUGGCAAGGUGCACAGGUCCACUGAUGGUUUGGUAGUUUCUUUAAAAGUAGAACAGCCCAUGUGGACAGCAGUCAAUGAAAGAACAAAUUAUUUAGUAGAUACUGUCUAAACAUCUGCAAGGAAAAACCAAUGCCACAUCUGGGAUGAUCUCUACAGUAUUGUGCUGAGUGAAAGAAGCCAGAAGCAAGCCUAUAUGCAGAUUCCAGUCUAGAAAAUGAAACAAAGCUUACAAAACACAGGGAUUCCUUGGGGACUACAUCUGGAGGGGACAUGGGAUUGACUGUAAAGAGGCACAUGGGAAUAUUCUUUGUCUUAAUUGUGGUUGUGGUAACAACUGUAUAUAGUUGGCCGACCUCAAAAUUGUCCUGUUGAAAUGAGUAUUAUACAUAAAUUUUAUAAAUAAAGUUGAUUUUCUUUAACUUUU